UCUCUAAGUAUAAAAAACCAGCGAAAAAUAAUGGCGGUUGUAGUGAUUCAUUGGUUUAAAGGGGAGAGAGAGAGAGAGAGAGAGAGGUAAAGGAAAAGAGCAGAAGCAGCAGCACUAGCAGAAGCAGCAGCUCGCUUCUCUUACUGAAAAAAGCAAUAGAAAGAAAAAAAACUAAGCUUGAAAAGAACCUAAAAAGGGGAAUUUCGGUGAUGGAGCGUCUAGAAAUGCUCUGUAAAUUCCGAUCAUUCUCCUCUUAAACCCAUUCUGGAUGUCUAAUUCGUCCUGAAAUGCUCGAUUCGUUGCCAGAAUUGACGAAUCCGGAGCUGUCUCGGUGUACUUCAGGUGGAGAUCUAGAGUACCUAGGGUUUAAGAAGCCAUUUUGGCCUGAAGUGGAGCUUGCUUAGAAUUUCUGGUGCACUUCGGGUGGUGUGGGUUUUUUCAUGGUUUGGAGUCUAAAAGGCUGAGAUCUGAAGGGAUUGUGUGUUUCAUCUGUUCUUUUUUUUUUUUUUUUUUUGGGGGGGGGGGGUCUGUACUGGAAUGCAUGUCUUUGGCUUUGUUUAUUUUCUUUUUAGCAUCCUGAAGGAAGGGCAAGGAAGGGGUUAGUGGGUGGUGACUGGUGAGUAUUUGAAACCCUAGGAAGAGGUCUUGGUAGCCGAGAGGAUCAGAAGAAGAGUGUUUUGGAAGUGGUGAAGGUGAUUUCAUUUUUGCUUUGUUUUGGGAGCGGGACCUGGAUUUUAGUUGAAAUGCGUGGGUUCUCUGCAUGAAGGUCGUUGCGUGAAGCUGUGGAUUGGAAAUUGUAAGCUUGGGGUUUGGCCGGAGAAGAUCUGGAACGAAUGAGGCUGAAGAGAAUUAUAUUUUGUAGCGGACCCGGUUUUGGGUGAACCUUGGGGUGGUAGGGGGUUGGAGCUGGUUCUCUUUCAGUUUCGGAUGUUUGGCGUCUGGUUUCUCGUUUGGUAUUUCUGGUGGAUUGGAGGAUUUACAGAGCGAGGACACUAAGAACUAAUUGGAAUUUUGGACGGGCUUUGUGGUUGGGCGAGGGGUUGAAGUAGAGUUAUGGUAGUUUGUGGCGAGAAGGGAGUGAGGGAAGCUGAUUUUCUCUGUGAGAAGGAAGGGGAGGUAGCGGGUUUUUGCUUGAAGGGGUGUCUGUUUACGAAGAUUUUGCUUGUUUAUUGAGGUUAGCGGCAACCCUUUUAGAUCCUGAGUUGGUUGGCAAGUAACCAGACUUGUGCGGAAGUCUCAUCGAACCCGCAGAAAUGAGACUCUCUUCGUCCGGUUUCACCCAUCAGGCGCAGGAAGGGGAAAAGAGAUGUCUGAAUUCUGAGCUAUGGCAUGCAUGUGCGGGACCUCUUGUUUCUUUGCCUCCUGUUGGAAGCCGUGUGGUCUACUUCCCCCAGGGUCACAGUGAGCAGGUGGCUGCAUCUACCAACAAGGAGGUGGAUGCCCAUAUCCCUAAUUACCCAAACUUACCACCACAGCUAAUCUGUCAGCUUCACAAUGUGACCAUGCAUGCAGAUGUGGAGACUGAUGAAGUAUAUGCUCAGAUGACCUUGCAACCGCUGAGUCUGCAAGAGCAAAAGGAUGCAUACCUACCUGCUGAAUUGGGUACACCCAGCAAACAGCCAACAAACUAUUUUUGCAAGACAUUGACUGCAAGUGACACUAGUACUCAUGGAGGAUUCUCUGUGCCUCGCCGAGCAGCUGAAAAAGUCUUCCCCCCACUGGACUUCUCCCAGCAACCUCCUGCUCAAGAGUUGAUUGCAAGGGAUCUCCAUGAUAAUGAAUGGAAAUUCAGACAUAUUUUUCGCGGUCAGCCCAAGAGGCAUCUUCUUACAACAGGUUGGAGUGUGUUUGUAAGUGCAAAAAGACUUGUUGCUGGUGACUCUGUCCUUUUUAUCUGGAACGAAAAGAACCAGCUACUACUUGGAAUUCGGCGGGCCAAUCGGCCACAAACUGUGAUGCCUUCAUCAGUUCUAUCAAGUGACAGCAUGCACAUAGGGCUCCUUGCAGCAGCAGCUCAUGCAGCUGCAACAAACAGUCGUUUCACUAUAUUUUAUAACCCAAGGGCAAGCCCAUCAGAAUUUGUUAUACCUCUUUCCAAAUAUGUCAAAGCAGUCUAUCACACACGUGUUUCUGUUGGUAUGCGCUUCAGGAUGCUAUUUGAGACUGAAGAAUCAAGUGUCCGACGGUACAUGGGUACAAUUACAGGCAUCAGUGACUUGGAUCCUGUUCGUUGGCCAAACUCACAUUGGCGCUCUGUGAAGGUUGGCUGGGAUGAGUCCACUGCAGGAGAAAGACAGCCUAGAGUGUCACUUUGGGAGAUAGAACCUUUAACAACAUUCCCUAUGUAUCCAUCUCCAUUCCCACUCCGACUUAAGCGACCAUGGCCACCUGGCCUACCCUCACUUCAUGGAAUCAAGGAUGAUGAUAUGGGUAUUAAUUCUCCACUCAUGUGGCUCCGUGGAGAUGGUGGAGACAGGGGUAUUCAAUCCCUAAAUUUCCAGGGAAUUGGGGUUACACCCUGGGUGCAGCCAAGGCUGGAUGCUUCUAUUCUAGGUCUGCAACCUGAUAUAUACCAGGCAAUGGCUACUGCUGCCCUUCAGGAAAUGAGGACCUUGGAUCCUUCUAAACAGGCCUCCCCAUCUCUUCUGCAAUUCCAACAAUCUCAGAAUGUCAAUAACAGAGCUACUUCUCUAAUGCCAAGGCAAAUGUUGCAGCAGUCUCAACCCCAACUUCCCUUUUUACAAAAUGUUCAAGAAAACCAGCCCCAUUCUCAGGCUUAUCUUCUUCAACAACAGUUACAACAACGCCACUCAUUUAAUGACCAACAGCAGCAACCACAACGGCAGCCGCAACAGCAGCAACAACAACAGCAGCAACAGCAACAGCAACAGCAACAGCAACAGCAACAGCAACAGCAACAGCAACAGCAACAGCAACAGCAACAACAGUUGUCUGAUCAACAACAGAUCCCAAAUGUUAUGUCUGCCAUGUCACACCUUGCUUCCGUCUCUCAGUCCCAACCUCCAUCCUUACAGGGUAUAUCUUCAUUCUGUGAGCAGCCAAAUUUUGUAGGCUCCAAUAGCCACCCUGUAACCACUUCUGCUGUUUCUCCCCUUCAUGGUCUUUUGGGUUCGUUUUCCCACGAUGAAACAUCCCACCUUCUUAACUUGCCUAGGACCACUCCUCUCAUCCCUUCUACCACCUGGUUUCCCAAGCGAGCCGCAGUUGAACCUCUACUCCCUUCUGGAGGAACCCAGUGUGCCCUUCCACAGGUGGAACAGAUGGCAGCAGCACAGACAAAUCUUUCUCAGCAUUCUAUCUCUUUGCCACCAUUCCCUGGUAGAGAAUGCUCAGUAGAUCAAGAAGGUAGCACGGAUCCACAAAGCCAUCUUCUGUUUGGUGUUAAUAUAGAUUCCUCAUCACUUCUAAUGCAGAAUGGGAUGUCAGGCCUCAGAGGUGUUGGCAGUGAGGGCGAUUCGGCAACCAUGCCUUUUGCUUCUAAUUUUGUCAGUGCAACAGGCACUGAAUUCCCACUUAAUCCGGUUGUCACAACUUCCAGUUGCUUGGAUGAAUCAACUUUUCUGCAGUCACCAGAGAACGUGGGCCAAGUGAAUCCACCAACAAGAACCUUUGUGAAGGUUUAUAAAUCAGGGUCCUUUGGGAGGUCACUGGAUAUUACUAGGUUCAGCAGCUACCAUGAGCUGCGCAGUGAGCUCGCACGUAUGUUUGGCCUUGAAGGCCAAUUGGAGGACCCUCUGAGAUCAGGCUGGCAGCUUGUAUUCGUCGACCGGGAGAACGAUGUUCUUCUUCUCGGCGAUGACCCCUGGCAAGAGUUUGUAAACAGUGUGUGGUGUAUCAAGAUACUCUCGCCUCAAGAAGUGCAGCAGAUGGGCAAACAAGGUGUGGAGCUUCUUAACUCUGUCCCUAUCCAGAGGCUCUCCAGUAACAGCUGCGAUGACUACGUGAACCGACAGGACUCAAGAAAUCUGAGCACUGGGAUCACAUCUGUGGGGUCUCUUGACUACUAAAGGAAAACUUACAAAAAAGGAGGGGAAAUAGAAGAUUGACGAAGGUUUAAAUAUGAGAUUUUACAAUUAAAGCCCCUUUGUUCUCCCGUAUGUACUGUUAGUGCACCUACCCUUCACUUAGGGUGGGUUAGGAGCCCGAGAUAAGCUACUUACUGUAAUUAUAAUCUUAUACUCCUGUCUCCAUAUAUAUAACAUCGAAAUACAUUCAACCAGUAUCUGGUGGGAUACUGAUGCUUAUGAACUUGACUUACAUUUGUCUUUAUAUCAUGGUGGACUAAGUUUGGAUGGAAUGGAACAGGAGGAUGCAGAAAAUGUUUUGUUGGGUCA